AUGGCACAUAUCGUACAUCCAAUAUUCCUUGCUCAACUUUUUCUCGUCCGAACUGCAGAUCUAACUCAAUGUGCUUUCCUCUUAGAAUGUAGAACUGGGUUAGUUGCCAAUGAGACAGUUACGGCAUUGUCAACCCAUGCUAUAGGAAUGCCAGAAACAGAUACCUUCAUUUCCUCCAACAAAGACUUCAACCACAUUACUUCAACUAUUGUAUCUGCUAAGCUACGAUACUCAGCUUCUGUAGAUGAUGGAGUGACCGCUGACAGCCUCUUUGAAGCCCAGAAUAAAGACUGCAGAGCCCGUGCCAAAUUUGAGUUGCAGUGUUAAAGCCAACUAGAUCAAGAAGGACUGAAGAACCGACCGUCAAAAGUAGCCAGGAAGUAAGAGUAGUGUUGC